AUGACUUAUGUUAUCUGCAAAGUGAUGUAUAAAGGUGAAGAAGGAGACAUUUUGUAUGGCAAUAAUAAUAAUAACUCGAGUGUACCUUCUUUGGUCUCUGAUUUGAAUACUGUCACAGCGAUUAACACAGCGCCUGAGGUUGAGCAACAAGGUGAAGAUAAUUUACAUUCUUGGUCUAUGGAUGAUUUGUUAAACCUGAUGAACGAACAAGAGGAUCUCUCUCCGUCUUUAGGAUUCAAUCCAGACACGUUCUUCAGCGACUACAACAACAACCUUAACGUGCAGCCACAAACUCCUUACGAUAAUGGGUAUCGCAAUGGAGUGAUGGGUUUUAACGGAGAGGGUAUUGAGGAUGUAUUUUCUUAUGAACUCGAAAUGCAAGAGAACCGCAACAAUCACAUGGCAAAGAAACCUUUAACAGGGGUCAUUGUUGAUUACAUCAGCGAUAGUGAUGCUGAAUUGAUAUCUGCAACGGUGAAACAAGGCAAGUCUAAAGCGGGUUCUGCAUCCAUAGAGAAGGGGUCAUCAAUGGCGAAGACAGAGAAGAAGGGCUUGUUUAUUACAGAGGAAGCAAUACAGAGAAACCGCGCUUUUGUCUCCGUAUCAGCUGUUAUUUCCGGUCUAUCUCCGGCGACAAAACCACCGUUUACACAGCUUUGUAAUGUUCUUCUCGUCUCGUCUCUAUCCAAGACCUUGUCUCAAUCAGGUACACGGAGUCUCGACGCGGAUUCGAUUCCGAUUUCGGUACCUGUCGUCCUCCAGAUCCAUCGAAGAAGCUAG